CAGGAAGUGAACUAAAGAAAGGGUCGACGCCGAGGGUCCGCAACGCAAGUCCCCUGGACCACUCAAAGCCACUACUAAAUUUAGGGCCCUCUGGCCGCCUGAGGCAACUGCCGCCAGUCAUCCACUUGACCUUCGGCUCCAGCGCCAAAAGCGGGGGAUCAACAGGACGGCGUCAACAAACAAAAAUCCAAUCUCACAUCCCACUCUUUUAAUCAUCGGUUCCCCAAUAUUAAUGGUCACUUUCCCCCCAGAUUUGAGCACCUUUCGCACUCCUUACCCAAUUCGUCCUCCCACACCUUGUGUCACUUGUCCACCGUACCUCGGAAUUUUCUGACACCCUCAAUGGAACCUACUGCCUUUUCCCGAUCGUCCUCGCGUCCACGGCCUACCUCGAGGCCUACGACCCCUCUACGGCCCAGCUCUCGGUCGUCAUUACGUGAGGCACAUGGUUAUGGAGGCAAUAUCAGCAGUCUGGGCUAUACCCAGCCCGCGAUCAAUGCCCUCGAGCCUCAAUUCGCAGAGCUCGCCGACUCCAUGGCUGACCUUGAGGCUAAUUUCAUGCACCUCCAGCUAAUGCAUGAGAGUCUCUCGCGCUUCGGUGAGAGUUUCGCUAGCUUUCUCUAUGGCCUAAACAUGAACGCCUUCUGUGUAGAUUUUCCAGAGGCUCCGAUCCCCGAAUCAUUUAGAAGAGCUAAACAAGCGGAGGCGGAGAAAGAAGCUGAAGUGGAGCAAAUUCGAUCGGCUAAUGAUGGCGAAACAACAUUCAUGACCACUGAUACCACUUUCGUUGAAAAUCCUUCAAGUACCGUCUCUCCUAAACCGGCGCGCAAGACCACUACUCCUUCGCGGGGGACCACAAGAGGGUCUAGUACUCGCGGUCGUUAUACAACCAGAGGCACCAGCCGAGCUCGCCCGAGCGCACUGCCACGGGGCAGGGGAAUCCGGUGAAGAUACUUGGUUGUAAACGUACAACCUCUCUUAAUAUACGGGCGCGUGCGCACACGAACAGAGCUUAUCGACCUCUUAGCCGGUAUACAACGUAUCUGCCACCGGCCAGCAUUCUACUAGCUCUCCAUAAUGAGCCUCAACCAACUUAACCAACUUAUGCGGCGCGACAAGUUCGGGGAUGAUGAAUGCAUGUUAGGGUGUCAACUGGUACUCUUAUGGGAAGAGGGGCAUUUUGUCUCAACGUAGCCAGGAUGCGUUGCCUUCUAGGUUUCUAGGCGGCAGAAGUGCCUGAGUCAACAAGAAACCAAAGACCAAAACCUUUGGCAGCAUCCAAGUGCCUUCAAAUUCUCUGUCAAUAGUACAGCGAUCUUAACUCAGGACAGUUGAACUCGACAUGCUAUAACAAUGUGAAUCAGAAAUGCAAAGGGUUAUCCCGUCGCUGGUCACUUCCGUAAGACUAUGGUCGAUCGUAAUUCAAUCAAAUGAUUAGUUAGGCAGUAGAAAUUUCCCCAGAUUCUUUACUUUUACAUAGGUUUGAACGUGACGGUGACCGAAACCACGUGGUGAGUCUAUC